GCUAAGAAGCCAACAUCGGCAGGCAGGAGGAGUUACGACAAAGAACCACUCCUGCACUAAGUGAAUGUGUCAGUUAAGAUCUGUUUGGUUAUGUUUAGUAUGCAAGUAAAAGAUCAGACUAUUACCACCGAGCUGCUUUUUUGUAUUCAGCCGGCCUCGGGGCGGGGCAGCUCCGUUCUCAGGCUCCCGGGGGGGCGGCAGCUCCCGGGCGGGGCAGAUGGAGGCGAGCGGCGAGAGGAGCCCGAGCACUCAUGCCAGAACAGGUAGUUACUGUUGCUGGAGGUGUAAUAGUGGGGAUCCUGUUAUUUGUUCUCAUUGGAAUAACUGCAUACUUGCUCUGGAAGAAGCUUUGCCUUAUUUAUCCUUAUGAAGAGCUCCCUGAUCCUGUCAAAACACCACCUGUGAAUGCCAUUUUGCAAGAUCAGUCACCUUCUGAAAUUCAACCAAAAAGCACAAGAUCCAAAAGCGUUCCAUUUAUAAUUCCACCAACACUGCAUGGGCGAGACUGGAUUAACCUGACCAAUGAAGAACAAAUUCAGGAAGACAGUAACUCCUGCAUGACUCCCCAGUCUGGGCCACGGUCGUCAUUUCAUUCUUUGGCUGGAGCUUACACUGUAGGGACUGUUAACCCCAAGCUGUACAAGUUCCCUGAAGACAAGAGUGAGACUGACUUUCCUGAAGGCAACAUUGGCCGUCUCUGGUUCUCUAUAGAAUAUAAGCAAGCAUCAGAAAGGCUCCUCAUCUCCUUGAUAAAAGCCAGAAAGCUGCAGCCUCCCUCUGACUCCUGCAGUCCGUUUGUGAAAAUCUACUUGCUGCCUGAUGAAAGAUGCUACUUGCAGUCUAAAAUAAAGCGUAAAACCCUGAAUCCACAGUUUGAUGAAAACUUUGUUUUCCAGGUUUCCAGUAAAACAUUGCUUCAGAGGACUCUGAAGUUUCUGGUUUAUCAUGUUGAUAAGCAGAAGCACCACCACCUCCUAGGCCGAGUCAUCUUCCCUCUGAAAAAUGAAACCUUAACUGAUGACAGCAAAGUAGUCGUAUGGAGAGAUCUGGAGAAAGAAAACCUAGAGACUCCCUCAGAGCAUGGCGAUAUCCAGUUCUCCCUCAGCUACAAUGACUACCUGGGUCGUCUUACUGUGGUGGUUCUGAGGGCAAGGGGAUUAAAGCUCCAGGAUGAGAGCCGUGCUGUCAGUGUGUAUGUCAAGGUCUCGUUAAUGAACCAUAACAAGUUAGUCAGAAGUAAAAAGACAGCAGCUGUUCUGGGAUCUCCCAAUCCAGAGUAUAACGAAUCCUUCAGUUUCAAGGCAAAUCAGACAGAGCUGGAUACAGCAAGCCUGAGUCUAUCUGUGCUCCAAAACACUGAACAAAAAUCACACGUGCUGGGCCGUGUUGUAGUUGGGCCAUACAUGUACAGCCGAGGCAAAGAACUAGAACACUGGAAUGAAAUGAUCAGUAAGCCUAAGGAGCUGGUUAAACAGUGGCAUGCUCUCUGCUACAGCACUUAAACAGCAUCACUCUAUGGACAAAAAACACACAUAAAUGGAGAAGCUCUCACUGCCUUUUAAAACCUAAUGAUAAAGGAUACAAAGUCUUUGAACAGUUGACACUCCUAUGCAGGCAGGAAUAAAAGUAUAUUCUUUCUUUCUCCAAACACA